UUCCUUUCUCCCAGUGGUGGUGGGGUGCUGUGUAGUCCAGGAGGACCGUAUUGCCAUGGAGGCGCUGCAGUCUAGUGCUGGGAGGGUGAGGCGCACGCGGCUGAAGCGCCGGCGCCCGCCCCAGCCACACAGCGGGUCAGUCUUGGCUCUGCCCUUGAGGCCCAGGAAGAUCCGAAGGCAGCUGAGGAGAAGUGUCGCGUCCCGCAUGGCCGCGCUCAGGGCUCAGGCGCUGCCAAACGAGGACUCAGAGGACUCGAGGGUACAGACGACGGCCGACAAUCCUGGGGACGCGCUGCCUUGUGACCCAGUGGCCAUUCCAGAGCUGCUGGAGGCCUCUCCCGCGGCGCGUUCCCUGCAGACCCCGCCAGCGCGCGUGGCGGAGGUGCAGGCUGCUUCCGCCCGAGCUCUGGACUGCGGGACCCUGCCUUGCACCCCUCAGCACGGGGCGAACCCCGCGCCGCAGGUGGAUAAGGCGGGUCAGGAGCUGUCCUGGAACUCCCCGCUGCAGUGCAUCUUGGCUGAGCUGAACCGCAUCCCCAGCAGCCGGCGCCGAGCGGCCCGCCUCUUUGAGUGGCUCAUCGCGCCCAUGCCUCCAGACCAUUUCUACCGGCGCCUUUGGGAGCGGGAAGCGGUGCUGGUACGGCGGCAGGACCACGCCUACUACCAGGGCCUUUUCUCUACUGCUGAACUGGACUCGAUUCUGCGCAACGAGGAGGUGCAGUUUGGACAGCACCUAGACGCCGCGCGUUACAUCAACGGGAGGCGCGAGACCCUGAACCCGCCGGGCCGCGCGCUGCCCGCCGCUGCGUGGUCGCUGUACCAGGCCGGCUGCUCUUUGCGCCUCCUCUGUCCGCAGGCUUUCUCGACCACUGUGUGGCAGGUUUUGGCUGUGCUCCAGGAGCAGUUUGGAAGCAUGGCAGGCUCCAAUGUCUACCUCACGCCCCCCAACUCCCAGGGCUUUGCGCCCCACUACGACGACAUUGAAGCUUUCGUGCUGCAGCUGGAAGGUAGGAAAUUCUGGCGUGUCUACCGUCCCCGGGUCCCAGGUGAAGAACUGGCCCUGACAUCUAGCCCCAAUUUCAGCCAGGAGGACCUUGGUGAGCCGGUGCUGCAGACUGUUCUGGAACCUGGGGAUUUACUCUAUUUCCCUCGGGGCUUUAUUCACCAAGCUGAAUGCCAGGAUGGAGUGCACUCUCUGCACCUGACCCUGUCCACGUACCAGCGCAAUACCUGGGGUGAUUUCCUGGAGACCAUUCUGCCCCUGGCCCUGCAGGCUGCAAUGGAAGAAAACGUGGAGUUUCGGAGGGGUCUUCCCCGAGAUUUCAUGGAUUACAUGGGGGCCCAACAUUCUGAUUCUAAGGAUCCAAGAAGAACUGCCUUCAUGGAGAAAGUACGGGUCUUGGUUGCUCGCCUUGGACACUUUGCACCUGUUGAUGCUGUGGCUGACCAGCGAGCUAAAGACUUCAUCCACGAUUCUCUGCCACCCGUGUUGACUGAUAGGGAGAGGGUACUAAGUGUUUACGGGCUCCCAAUUCGCUGGGAGGCUGGAGAGCCAGUAAACGUGGGUGCCCAGUUGACAACAGAAACUGAAGUCCACAUGUUGCAGGAUGGGAUAGCUCGUCUGGUGGGUGAGGGGGGCCAGUUGUUUCUCUAUUACACGGUGGAAAACUCUCGUGUUUAUCAUCUGGAGGAACCCAAAUGCUUGGAAAUUUACCCCCAGCAAGCUGAUGCCAUGGAAUUCUUGCUUCGCUCCUACCCAGAGUUUGUGAGAAUAGGGGACCUACCCUGUGACAGUGUGGAGGACCAGCUUUCUUUGGCAACUAUGCUGUAUGAUAAGGGGCUGCUACUCACGAAGGUGCCUCUAGCUCCAAACUAGUUCCUUGUUGGUUGCUAGAAACAAGACAGCAGCAAUUCAACACUACCACCACGUCCAUUUUGGUUUUGUUCCUAAUUCCUGCUCUUGGUAACCAUCAGUAUGGUAACAUUUACCUUUAUGACUUCUUCAAUGUCACAAGUCUCAGACGGUCUUCUGGGAAGAGCCACCUCAUCUAGGUACAAAAAUAAAAGCAGAACUUGGAGUAGGAAAACAAAAGAGCUAUUUUUGCAAAAGUGACCUUUAUCAUUUCAGAGCACCAGCUUUCCUCUUAGGCUUCUGUGAACUUUGGAAGAAACUUCCCCAAAUCUGGCAAGUGAAUAUUCUCAUGGUUGGUGGAAAAGAGCCUGUUGUACCAGAAAGAGCACUUGGAAUUGGAACCAGAAGACCUGGGUUUGGGGUGGUGGCUGGUAGGCAGCUGGCUGAGUGACCCGAGGCUGCUACUACGCUUGGGCACACAGAUUUUCUGUUUUAGGAGCUCCAGGUCGCUGGCUGAGGUGAGCUCGUCCCGGAUGUGGCUCCAGUCAUACUGCUGGCGCAAGAAGCUUUGCCACUUGUUGGGUGAUACUCCGGACCUCACAAGACGCUUGUUCUGGAUCCAGCGGGCUGUGCGCUUGUUCAGCUUCUCCAGCACAAUGGCCUCCCAGGCCCUGGCCUCCCUCUCAGAAGGUGGAAGCCAGAUUUCCCUUUCUACAUCUGGAGAACACGGCAGAUCCAGCAUACCUGGAUUCUUUUUGGGAGAUGGUAUGUGAGAGUGAGAUGGUUCCUGGACCACGCUUUCUGGCUUAGGCUUCUUUUGUUUCUUUUCAAAAUGGGCGCAGCUUUUUGUCUUGUCAGCCUGGGAGGUGUCUCCUGCUACGGGUCCUGAAGGAUGCCGGAGCCUGAAGCUGACAGGUUUCUCAGCUUGGGCCUUCCUGAUGCAGGGAGGCUGGACGAUGUCAUUUGUGUUGUAGAGGUGGUCAAAGCUGUACUGGCUGUAAGGCAUGCUGGGCAGCCCUCGCUGCCACAUCACCUCUGCAGAGAACGACAGGUUUGCAGCAGCCUUUUUCAGAUACCUGCUCUUGAGCCGUGUGCAACGCUGGGGGCCGAAGUGGGAGAUGGGAGGCACACCGGAAAUGGAAGCACACUCCUCCUUGCCUUUUGGUUUUGAGAGGCAGAAAGUCAUUCCCCAUCCAAACCGUGGUUUGAAUGACUGAGGAUGGGUGAGAAACAUCUUUUCCUUUUGGGGCGUGGUCAUAUUGUUUCCCCCAAAAAUGCUUUCUUUCACACUAUGUAGUCCAGAGGCAGGGCCUGCGCUGUGACCAAGUACCUGUUAAGGUGAUAGGAGGAAGUGAUGAGAGCUGAGGUCAGCAGAAUUUGGAAGCCCAUAGAAGUACAGAAAGAGAAUAGCUUGGAAGACAGAUGAGAAGGGGAAUGUAGUAGGAAGGGAAAGCCGUUUGAAUUAGAAAAACAAAAGAAAGACAUAGUACAACAUUCUAAACAUGUCUCAUAUCAGGCCCUUGCUUCCACUUCUCACAUUGGUCCCCAAAGCUCAGACCUUCAUCACUUAUGAGGGAUCACUGCUUUUCAAUAGUUCCCCCACUUUCCUAGUUUUCUUCAGAUGUUGCUUUUUCUCUGUUCAAAGGCUUCUAGUAUAAAACAUAAACAAAUCAACCUGGCAUUCAGAGUUUCCUCUGAGGAGGGCCUCAGCUUAGGACUUUGUUCCAGCAUAUAACUUUAGCUUGAACUAGCCAAAUCCCCUUUCUGUUUUUUGAGUAUUCUUCCCUCCAUUGAGUGGGGCUUCUGCUUGUACCCUCUGUAUGAAGUUGAUUUUCUGGGGCUGGGGAUUUAGCUUAGCGGCAUAAGCGCCUACCUUGCAAGUGCGCAGUCGUGAGUUCAAUUCCCAGUACCAAUAAUAAAAAAAAAAAAUUGCUUUUCUGCCAUACUUGAGACAAAAAUACUUGACAUACUUUACAUUCUGUCCAUUCUUUCAGACGCAGCUCUGUUCCUAUGCCUCCACCGUGGCCCUUUCUUGCCACCUUGUAUCUGAAUAAUUUAUAAAUCAGUCCUGGUCCAUUCUGCUUAUUUUAGCUGUUAAUCCUACAACACCUCACACUGUUAAGUACUGGUUAACUGUACUGCCCAGCGAUCACGUCUCCUGUUUCUUCUGUCCUUCAAGCCACCCAAUACUUUUCUGUAUUGCUACAUGGCCUUCGUUGUUAAAAUGCUCAAACUGUAAUAUAUUUUACCAAGUAGGUUUUUCCAUAAUUAUUGAGCAGGCUGUUUGUUGUUAUCCAACAGAUAAAACUGUAGGGAACGAGUGCUUAGACUUAUUGUUCCAUUUGGUUGUUUCUUUCUGGCACCCUGUUGGCCUAACCAUGAUAAUUGAUGACUAGAAUACUAUGCUUUGCUGAAGAUACUAUAAUCUGGGAAGAAGUUGAGGCUCAGAAAGAUAAGUAAAUUACUUCAGAUCGCCUGUCCCCUAAUUAGGGAAAUAAGAUUUUUUAGCACUACCACUCCAUAGCUCUUGACCUCCCUACCACUCUGACUUUAGCUCAAGCUCCACUUCUGCCAUUCAUAUGCCGGACUUACGCUCCCAAGGAGAGGUUUCAUUAUUCUAUGUCAUUCUCUCUUUCUCCUUCCAAUUCCUACCCUUCUUGCACAGCAUCGCCAAGGUGCUCUUGCAGUCAAGAUCUGACUAUUCAUUCCUCCAUAAAAAGCAACACACCUCUUCUCUCCUUAGGAUCUGAUUUAUCCCACUGUCUUCUAAGUAUUAAACCUGACCUUGAAAUUUUUCUUUCUGUUAAGUCAGUUUUCAUCUUGAUGUAUCUAGACCAGAAUUGGUAGACUUUUUUUACAUACAAAAUAACUUUGUUUUGUCUCUUCACCAAGCAUAAAGGACAUAUGGUCACAAGAGCACUGAGUAUUUAAAUAGACUAAAAAAAAUUAGGGCAAAGGUAAAGGCUUUCAUAAGCCAAUGUUUUUCCUGAAACAGUGCCUGCUUUUUGCAGGCUGCAUAUAAACUGUCAGAUGAGAGCAAUGCUAGUGUUCUUCUGACUUAUGUGCAUUGAUUAGUAAAAUAUUUCACCUUUCCACACAUCGGUGUGUAUCUUGUUCCUAAGGCAGGGACAUUUUGAUCUUAAACACUAAAAUCAGACUGAGGCCUGGUUUCACUCUAAGAUCACUACAUGUUUGAAUGGAGUGAAGAGUCCCCAGAUAUAUGUCUUUUAACCUGUGACAUAAGGAACCAAGGAAACCUUAUAACAAUGCAGCCAGGUUUGGUAGUGCAUCCUGUAAUCCUAGCACUUGGCUGAGGUAAGAGGAUUGAGGUGAGUUUGAGCUACCUGAUGAGGUCAAGGUCAGCCUGCACUAUGUAGCAAGACCCUGUCUCAAAACAAAACAAAGGCAAGAAUAUCAUAUUAUCAUUUUUAGUUACUGUAUUAUCUGUAUAUUCUCAAGGAAUAGUUAUCACCUGAUAUGAUGGCUAAUUGAGAAAGACACAAAUGAUAGAUCCAUUUUUUUUUUAAAUGGAAAGGAUGGGCAGGCAAAAUAGAAGGUUUGGUUACAAGAGACUUGUUCUUGUCUUAGAGUUAGAAGACAGAGCUAAGGUAGGUUUUUACACUGCUCAGACAAAUGAUUUAAUAUUCUUGGUUUGGCAAGCUGAAAAUAGAGAAUAUAGUAUCUGUUCUAAUUUGUUUCUAACAAGGAUUCUGAUACCUGUUGAUCUGAAGCUCAGAACUGGAAAUAUGUUCAAAAAUUCUUUGCAUGCUAAAAAGUACUAUACAAAUGUGAAGAAUUAUUAUUGCUGGUUUAGAAGGUGGAUUAAUUAUUCUUAGGAGGCAGGUCCCUAGGUUAAGUUCAUUAGGCCUAGAAUUUAGGGGUAUUGGAACAUUAAACACUUCAAAGAUGCUUAGAAAAUGAAAACAAGGACCUAUAUAGGAGUUUGGGGGGAUCCAGUUUAUUACCUGGACCAGUUUUAUGAAGCAAGGCCCACUGUCCCCCAGCCAUCUAGAACCAAAAGCAAAAUAGUAGAUCCCAAAUCCUUUUGUACAUAGGCAACAUAAAAAAGAAUAGCCUGCAAUCCUACCAGCAGCAAGUACCAGCAAUAUUUCUGUCCUUUUAGGAACUUGGGCUGGAAGGACAGGAGCCAGGUAAGAAGGGCAGGUCAUGUGUUUCCAUUUAGAAUCUGAUGAACUUUAUAGAUCCUCAACUGUAAAACAUGCAAGUUGAAUGGAAAGCCUUUCCCAGAUCAGCCAGACACAGCAGCAUACGCCUGUAAUCCCAGCAACUGAGGAAAGCUGAGGAAAGCAAAAUUGCAUGUUCAAGACCAGCCUGGACUACAUAGUGAGUUCGAGGACAGCCUAGACUGUACAGCAAGGCUCUGUCUCAAGAAAUAACAACUGCCUAUAACUGUAUCUGACUAUUCAUUCCUCCAUAAAAAGCAACACAUCUCUUCUCUCCUUAGGAUCUGAUUUAUCCCACUGUCUUCUAAGUAUUAAACCUGAUCUUGAAAUUUUUCUUUCUGUUAAGUCAAUUUUCAUCUGACAAUAACAAACAACUGGGUCAUGUUUCCUAGAUUUUGAAUUUAUUUUCACUCUUCUGUUUUCUUUCUGAGGUCCCUAGCCUCCCCUACUUGUUUCGUACUUGUAGCUAGGGGUUGUGAGGAGAACAAUUAGAAUCAUAACACAGAAUUUAUAUUAUUAUUUAUAAUGGUCACCCAGAGUGAACACAAGAAAGUGCAGGAAAUCUGUCCACAACACUAAAGACAUAGAAUAUUUAGCCAAGGGCCCGAAUCCCACAGCAAUGUCUUACAUGAGUCCAUAUGAAGACCCAGAGCUCAUGACAAUGCUCCCACAAGUCCAACUGGAGGUCUAGAGCCCACAAAAAGGAUGCAUGCCAGUCUCUUUUAUGGAUCCAUACUGAGAAGGCCCAAAGGUCAGCAGUGGAAGCUAGAAAGUCUAUGGCAGCAGGGUGAAGAAGCUGUUCUGAUAAAUUGAGGAUUCUAUGCUGGAGCCGAGAAGUCAUGCUCAAAACAAAGACCAGGCCUAAGGGGCUGGGGAUUUAGCUCAGUGGCAUAAGUGCCUGCCUUGCAAGCAGGCAGUCGUGAGUUCGAUCCCUGGUACCAAUAAAAAAGGAAAAAGACCAAAAAAAAAAAAAAAAGAAAAGAAAAAAGAAAAAAAACAAAGACCAGGCCUGUUCUGAAAAGCGCCACAGCCAUCCUUAGCCACACAGGGGCCCUGAGUUCCUCUGAUAAUAAGCAUAGUCGAGUACAUGACAGGAAGCCAGUGUGAUGAGUUUGUCCUGGAGAUUAAAUGGGACAUGUCUUCCCCUCCAGAGCCAGGGAGCGAUGCUUGAUGUAAGGAUCAGAGCUCCCCCAAAGUGAACCACAGCCACUCUCACCAACAAGGUCCCAAGCUCACCUGAUGACAAUGGUCAAACUCACACUGGGGAAGCUAGUGACGACAAGCUGCUUCAGGAGAACCAAAAGCUCAAACAGCAACACAUAGGAGAACCCACAAUGCCUAGCCUCUCCUUCUCCAUGUCUCUAUUUAUACUGGCAACUUUCCUCAGGUGAAACAUCUACACUCAGCACCAUGCUCAUUUAAUCCAACUGGCGCUAAGUUGACUGCCAGUUUUUAAUCCAUAACCGUACUUUUAUUGAAGUAGGUUGAAUAAUGUUUGCUAAAAGAAGUAAUGUCUUAUUCUUUUUGUUGUUUUGCCUUUGUGAUUAAAGCAGAAGAAGGCUCUAACAUUAGACAUUUUCAUGCUCUCAUCUCCACCUCCAGUUCUAAUUCUAAAGUCAUGAAGUGGGGUCCAAGAGGACCAGUUAUCCUCUGGGAUGGGGUUUAUUGGAUGUGAUUUGGGGAUGUUAUAUAUCAAGGUCAUCUGAGGAGUUUGAUAGAAUCCAGACUCUUAGGGUUGGUUUGUUUGUUUUGAGACAGGUCUCCUGUUCAACGCUAACACAGACUUCUUUUGAGACAGUCAUACCUCCAGAAUGUUGCUUUAGUAGGCUUCUAGUGAGGCCUAGAAAUCUGCAUUUUAAUAAGCUUUCAGGGGUUGUUAUCAAAUUUAUGGAAACAAUAGCCCCAAAGCCUAUUAGUAGGUCACAUAACGGAAUCUUGGUUAAUGAGGACAAUAGCAUUAAGCAACACAAAGUCAUCCUGUGAGCUUCAAAUCAGGCCUUUACCUCCUCUCCAAAAGUUCCUCUGAUUUUUUUCCUUCUGCUUUCUAAUUCCCAUUUCUCAAUAUGCAUUUACACUGCUAUAAAGCAGUCUUCAGAGCUUACUCUAGAAGCUGUCAUAGAAAUCUGUUCCAAUGCCCUUAUUUUACGGGUUAUAAAACUAGGGCCUAGACAGAAAGGACCUGACUAAGAUCACAAUCUCUGUUGGUAUCUGAAAUAAUACUGACCCUCUGGACACCUAAUACUAAGUCUUUUCAACUUAUGAUUUAUUUGAUACUAAUUAACUGGUUUAAGAUCCUAGUAAAGAAGUAGUGUUUUCAAAUUACCUUCAGAGUAGCACCCUCCCACAGCACAGUCCUGAGAGAGAAACAAGUUAUAACGGUACAUAAUAUUUUAGAUCUUUGGCUUCUUAAAUUCCAAAGUUAUUUAUGUUGGUCACCUAGCAACCAAUUGUUCAUAGUUCUAGGGGGACUUAAUUGGGGUAUUCUAUUUGUUAAAUUUCUUUCUUUGUAAACUGAACUUUGAGAAAUUGUAUCUUCUUGGGGGAGGGGAGAGGGUGUACCAAGAAUCAAACUCAGGGCCUCUCACUUGCAGACAGGUGCUAUGUCGCUGAGCAACAUCCCCGGCUCAAGAAAUUGCAUUGUACUAUUCAUGGAUGGUUUAAUGGAUUUCUUAGUCAUCCUUUGAAAAAUAAGCCACUAGUGCUCUGCUGUUUAAUACAAUAUUCUCCCCCAUUGAGUUCAAAUUUUUUUUUAUUGAGACAGGGUUUCAAUAUGUAGUUCAGGAUGCCCUUGAACUCCCUCUUAUGGUUACCUUCUUGUUUCAGUCUCCCAAGUGCUGGGAUUACAGGCAUGUGCUUCCCUACUGGGCAGGGAAUUCAGUUUUGCUGAGAAAAAGCCAAAGAACAGAACAUAGGAAACAACGCAGCUUGGGCAUUCUUCAGGUUUCCAGGCAGAUAGAACAGAUGGUGAAAUAAAAGUUUUAUUUAGGACCUUUUCUAUUCCCUUCUCAUUUCCUCCACUGCCACUCAAUCUCUUCCCUCCAUACAGUUCAAUUCCAUCCCCUUCUCCUAGAUUAUUUGUCCAUUUACAAAAAAGAACAACUCUGUUUUAAAAGGAAUAAGUAAAUACAGUGAUACCUUGACUAUUGAGCUCAAUUCAUUUCAAAUUUGUGCUUGAACACCAAAAAGUUCCAGAACUGACUAUAUUUUCCGUAAAAAACAAUGGAAAACCAAAUAAUUGGUUCUGAGGCUCAGAAAAAAACACUUAAAAAUUCAUUUUUCCAGGGCUUUAAAGUUUCACAAUGAUUUUUAAAAAUUUCUCUUAUGGCUCUCACAGUUUUCACUUUAGCUUUAUUGCUGGUAUCUUGGGAGCAACUGUUAAUGGUAUUUAUGCAAAUAAUGGCAUAAAAAAGCAGUACAAUAAUGAAUGUUUUAAUGCACUAAUACAAGUACUAUAUGUUGUCUGGGCAAGAGCAGAGCCUUACACUGAAAUGUCACUCCUUUGUGAGUGACACAGACUUGACACAUGAUUUGUGAUUCACUCUUGGCCCUAUAUGGGUUUUUUCCAGUUGGAUUACAAACACCAAACAGUUUUUUUUUUCAAACUUUGCCAUUGAAGUAGUGGAAAACUUGAGCUUAGAGCCAUUCAACAACCAAGUAUCACUGUAGUUUAUUCUGAGCCAAAUGUAAGCGGCAAUAACCCAGGAACAUGUAUCAAGUCAUUCUGAAAGACAUAGUCCACUGUGGAAGAGUUUACAUGAGUCUCUAUAGUCACAGAGCAUAAGAAUAUUGUAAGUCAAUAAAGAUACUUAUCGAUUACAUUGGUGGGAAUAUCAGGCAGGUGGGCUGUAGCAAUAUAGGGAAAUCUCUUCUGGAGAAUUUAGUUGUUACCUUAUAGCAUUCUACUUUAGGGUUCAUGAAGGUUAGAAGUGUGUCAAGCUUAGGGAUCUGAGGAUUUUGUGUGUGUGUGUGUGUGUGUGUGUGUGUGUGUGUGUGUGUGUGCCAAGGAUUAAACUGACAACCUCAUGCUUGCAGGCGGGCAACUGUGCCACUGAGCUAAAUCCCUAGCCCUCUAAGAGUUUUAUCUAGUGUGAGGAGGAUAUUAGAUCAGAUACAGAGGUUGAUGGCAAGUGGUUAUUAAAAGACACUAAAGAGCUGGGCAUUGGUGAGGCCUGUCAUCCUUAGCUACAGGGGGUGUAUAGGUAGGGAAAAAAGAGACUAAGGGUCUCACUAGGCUCUAUUAAAGAAAUUAGUAGAAAAUCUUAUUAUAAGUGGCUUUUAGAACUUGCUGUCCAGACAGCAAGGAUCCAGGAAGGAUCUGAAACACGAAUUGAAGCCAAACAGGAGAGUGAAGAAAGAAACUUCAAUGAAGAAAGGAGGUAGCCAUAAAAGCCUUUUCCUUGAAUUGGACUCACUGUAUGAGAGGAGUGGUUCAAAUUUGUUGACACAUGGUGACUGCUGGAAAACCCAGAGGCCUCCACACAGAGAUGUAGCAGUGGAAGGGAGCAGUGGAUGUGGAGGACUACACUGACUGGUUGUGAGUGCUGGGGGUUGGAACAUCCUGUGGUAAAAGGGGAUUGGCUGGGAGCCAUCUUGGAGCGGGUGGGCAACUGAGUUCAAAACUCAAAACAAUUGCUGGCUCUACCUAGCACCUUCCAGUUGAGUUCAAGCCCUCAGAAAGUAUGCUGACUACUGUAGAUGAACAGGUCUGAGGCCAGCUUCACAACCAGAAACCAGCCUGAACUUUAGAGGAAAUAAAGGUACAGGCUUACUGAGAUUAUCCACUGUCAUGUCAUAAAGCUACUGCUGGUUUUCUGGGAUAAAUCAGCAUGGAUCUAGACUCCGUUUCCACACAUUUUCUACCAGUGACAGCAGAGACAAGUGGUCAUUUUUUCCCCUCUUUUCUUGUUUUUGCUUUUUUCUCUUCAUUGUUAGGUCUUGUUUUUAUGUGUGUGAAUGUGGAUUUUAAUGGGGUUUUUUGUGGUUGUUGUUCUGUCCUGUUCUUCCUUUUAUAUCUUUCUUUUUUUCUACUGUCUUCUGCAUCAGUUUCUCAAGUUUGCACGAUACUCCAUUGUCCUUGCUUCCUUUUCUAUUUCUUUAUUUUUUCUCCUAAUGUCUUUUAAAUUUUUUCCCAUGAGGUAAAAUUGGCAUAAUGAGGACAUAUUUAUGUCAUAUAAUUUUCUGGUUUGUUUUAGAUUUUGGUUAUAUAUAACUACUAUAUAUAUAUAUAUAUAUAACUACAAAUCUAGUUCAUAUGGUUCAAAGUGACAAACAUCAUUUUGUUCUUUUCUAGGCUAUGUUUGAAGCUAUUAUUGUUUUGUCUAUACCACUUUAGCCAAAGUGACAUAAUUGUUCUAACCAGUUGUUCUUCCUGGUAUUCCAAGACUGAGAUUAGAUUGCCUAAGGGUCAUAGAAAAUACUGUAGGUCAGUACCAAAAACCAGAGGCUGGACCAAGCAGGCAGUAACUUCUCAUCCUCCCAAACAAUGGAGAGGUAGGAAUUUGCAACAAAUUUGAAACCAAAAACCAGCCAGAACCAGAAGACACCUCUGAAAAGUAGCUACUUCCUAACAGUUCUAAAUACUAGCAAUUAAGCAAUUCACUGUAAGCAAUUUACAAGCCUUGGUCCUGGAAUUAAACUAAAAAAAAUAGAAAUGAAAAGGCACUUAAACACGAUGCAACCCCAUUCAUCUAGUUCAUCAAAGGCAAACCCAGAGGGCAAUGAGGAGGACAAUCCCAAAGUCAUCCACCUGGUCUCUCUGAAGUAGUAACAACAAGGCAAAUGAACAAAGCUCUAGAAACAAAUCAAUGCAGGAAUAAUUUCACCGACAGAGAGAUGGUCACCAUAGUGAAAAACAAGCUUAGUGACUCCAGAGCAGAUAAAGAUUAAAAAAAAUAGAGGAGCUUAAGAAAAUGAUGGAAACCAUGAAUGCCCAACAUAGGAAAUGGAAUCCACAAACAGAAUCAGUAAGAUAUCCAGGAGACUACAAAUCCCAUUGAAAGUAUCCAUAGCAGAAUAUAUGAGGACAGCACCUCAGACAUAGAAUAUAGGUUUGCAGUUAAUGAUCAUGAAAAGAAAAAUUUCUUAAAAAUAGCAAGGGACCAUGAGAAAUCAAUCCAGCAGCUGCUAUAUGAUGCAAAAAAGAAUAACAUAAGAUCAACUGGACUCAAUGAGAAAGCAGGAGAUUGCACAAAUGAUAUAAAAAGAAUCUGUUCACAGAUACGGCAGAAAACUUCCCUGGUAGGGAAAAAGAAUUUGAAAUACAGAUAAGUGAGGCAUAUGGAAUUCCAAUUAGCCAUAUUAAAAAAAUCUACAGUAAGGCAUAUCAUAGUCAAGAUUCCAGAAAUUUAAGACAAGCAUAGAAUCCUAAAAGCUGUUAGAGAAAAUAAACAAAUCACCUUUUAAAAAAGCCUAUCAGAAUCACAGUUGACUUCUCAAUACAAACCUCCAAGUCAAGGAGAGCUUGGAUUGAAGUAUCUCAAGGCUAAAAGAAAACAGUCUCCAACCCACACUGAUAUACCCCGCAAAACUAUCUUUCAAAAUUGAUAAGAGUAAUAAGAUACUUCCAUGAAAAAAAAAAAAAAAACACCUGGGGAAAUUUAGGUGAACACUAAACUAGCACUCCAAAAUGUUCUGAAGACAUUCUAGAGAGACAUUACAGGGACUACAACUCCAUGAACUCCAACAGCAGGAGUCCACAAGGCAUGGCAAACAAUUAAAUGGGCAAGGAGGGAGCCAACAAUAGAAAAAUAACAUGACAAGGAUAGGUCAAUACAUAUCAGUUACAACCAUCAGUGCUAAUGAUCUCAAUUCACCAAUCAAAAGACACAGACCAGCAGAACUGGAUCAAGAAGCAAGAUCCAACAAUAUACUGCAUAUAAGAAAGAUUUAAUUAAAAAAAUUUAUAGACUGAAAGUCAAAAGAUGGAAAGAAGUACUCCCUUAUAGGAACCUAGAAAAAAAGAGGAGAAGCUUAUUCUAUUUGCAGAUGAAAUGGAUUUCAAGCUAAGACUGAUUAAGACAGACAAAGGAAGUCAUUACAUCCUUUUAAGGGGAACAAUCUUAGAGGAAGGGAUAAUAAUCAUAAAUAUAUAUGCAACAAAUAUAAGUGCACCCAACUCUAUUAAACAAACAUUAACAGACAUGAAAAUUCAAAUAAACACUAGUAUGAUUGUAUUGGGGAUCUCAAUAUUCCACUCUCACAAAUAGAUCAUCUAGGAAAAAAAUCAACAAUGAAAUAUUAGAACUGAACCAAACAUUUAAACAAAGUGGCUUAGUAGAUGUCUAUGAAGUAUUCCACUCCACAAUACCAUAAUACAUUUUAUUCUGUUUAGAUUGGGUUUAGUCUGUUUUAUAUUAUUUAAUUUCAGUAUAUAUGAAGGUAUGGACAGCUAUUUGAAGAGGGCAAGAGACAUUAGAGUAGCCAUUAUUAAUUUUUAUAUUGUCUGGUUUUGAAGGCCUUUAAUGCUUUUAUUCUUCUGUUUUGAUCAGUUAUAUUAUUUUGUUUUGCUUGAAUUCAUUACAUGUGAAGACAUGGGCAACUAUUUAAAAGAAAACAAGAGACAUUAUGGUAGCCACUGUUGAUCUCCUGUUGUCUUGCUUUGAAAUCCUGUGUCACUUGCAUUGUUUUGUUCUGAUCUGCUUUGUUCUAUUUUUAUGUUUUAUUUUAUGCUCUUUAAAAUAAAAAAUAAAUAUCAUAA